GUAUCUUUUCUUUAGUGAAGUGCAUGUGGUGUACCUUGAAUUAGCUUUUAGAGUACAGUCUAAAAAUGACUGGUUUUAAAAUAACCCAAUUUGGGUCAAUUUUGAAAACCAGUGAAUAGACGAAAUGGAGUAAAGCAGUGAGGGUGGGUUAGGAGGUUGACCCAACUUGUGGGUAAAAAUGACUACAUUACUGAGCUGUAGACAGACAUUCAAGAUUUUAUGGUUACAGUGUGUGCAUGGUGAAUUCCUUCUUUGUCCAUAUCAGCACAAACGAAUCUUCAGGCAGUGCUUUUUCUCUCCAAAAACACCUGAAAAGCAGCCUUACUUAACUAAAUCAUGAUAACUUUAUAUCAUAUCCACAUACAGUUAGAAAUCAUGAGCAACGGAUAUGAAAAGCAAGAUCUGAAGGAACCUGACUGCUAGCUGAUAAUCCAAGACAAUGUUACAGAGGAAACACAAGGUCAUAGAAGUAACAUGAAUAGGUAUGUAGCAGCCCAAAAUUUAUUUAAAGUACUCUUAUAACUGUAAAUAUAAUUUUUAGCUAUUCUUUAAAAUGUCCUUACAUUUCUUAUUUAUUACAAGAAGCCAACUUGUGCCAUUUUUUUUUUAUCUGGCAUACUUCUUGUCAGCAGGCUAACACUGGCUAUUAGGCCAAACUAAACAUGUUCUUUCCUAUGCAGAAGCAGAAUGUUGAAAUGUUGAACUAGUUUAAGUACUGUAAGUUAAAUGUGAACAAAACGUACAUUUCUUGCAGUUACAGAUGAUUUCUUUUCUUUUCUUUUUUUAUUAAAGACUUUUCCUUGUUGUCGCUGUCUCCACAAUCACAAUGGAAGAUUCCAGAAAACCCAGCCUUCUGAGUUGCCCAUUAUAAAUUACUAAUUUUGGGUCACAUAGACCCAACAAGCUAAACCCAGAAACCCAGAGGUGUAAAAAAAUAAGCCACCAGUUUUUGACUGUAGUGGUCCUUGAGGUCCAAUUGUGCACCUUUAAUGACAUUUUUUUUUUUUUUUUUAAAGGCUCCAUGAUAAAGGCACAGGACAUGAUGGCAUCAACCGAGCAACAAGGAAAAGUUUGGUAUCUAAGUGUAGAGGUUCAUAAUAUCACAAAUGAUGCAAUUUAAAGGUCUAAACUGGCAAUCGAGGGCAAAACCGUAUCUUAAAACAUUACAAGUUUGGCUACAAUAUGAGGAAUUCACUUCCGACAACAGUGUGACGCGUUCCCUAUUUGGACGGCUCGUGCGUGUGGCGCCCAAUAGAUUCUUUUGAAAUCGUCAAAGCCACGCGCCCGGCUCGCGAAGCCAGUGCUGGGGGAGCCGUUGAGUGGAGGGCGGAGUUUUCUCGGUGGAGCGUGCAGCUCCCGGGGCGGGAGGCGGAGGGGGGUGCGAGGGGUGUAUGUGUCUGUGUGCAUGUUGAAAAGGGACCGCGUGUCGCCCGUCACUUUCACAUCGGUUGUUGAACAGGUGCCACCAACAUCCAACAAAAUUCCACUCGCGUUCCGGUUGAGCGAGCCACGCGAAAGGCACGAGAGCGGUGUAUAGACACGUUUGUUCUUCACUCUCGCGUCCCACGCAACUUUGUCGCUGCAUAUUUUUUUUUUUUUAAUUGUUUUCUUUUUCUUGUUGCUGUGGUUUCAUGUAUUUUACGGAAAUGGAGAUCACAAAGACACAAAUAAGUCCUUGCGCGUACCGUUUACAGAUUUCGGACAGCUUUGCUCCUCUACAGAAAGCGACAAGUCCGCGCAGCCCGGAGCGCGCGCUGCUGAAAAGGCAGGGUUGCAGCAGCCCGGAGCGCCUGAGGUGCACGCGCAGGCUGAGCUUCGGAGCUCUUGGGCUCGGCGUCGCUCAGCAGCAGCCAGUGGCUGUGGCGAGGCGAAACGAGCGAGAGAGGAACAGGGUGAAACAGGUCAACAUGGGCUUCCAGACUCUCCGCCAGCACGUGCCCAACGGCGCGGCCAACAAGAAGAUGAGCAAAGUGGAGACGCUGCGCUCGGCUGUGGAGUACAUCCGCGCGCUCCAGCGACUUUUGGACGAGCACGACGCCGUGUCCGCUGCGUUCCGGUGCGGAGUCCCGUCUCCCACGGUCUCGAGCGCGUGCUCUGCUGGUCCAGAGUCCCCCCGCUCCGCCUGCUCCUCUGACGAGAGCGGAUACGAGCAUCUAAACUCGGAAGACCAGGAGCUGCUGGACUUCGCCGCAUGGUUCAACGGGUUCUAGUCACAGGUGUGUUUGUUCCUGUGGUGGUGCUGAAAAGAACAGCGGUUUCGCCGAUGUUCACUUCCGGAUCGCGCGUUAAAUCAAAACGCGACACACGCGCGAGGAAAGUUCCGGGCGGCGCGCGCAACGCAAAAGUAACUUCCACUUGUGCUCUUUAGCCACGCGACCUCAAGCCCAAAAGCCCAGACAUCUCCUAGUGUGAUUACCAGAACAUCUGGAGAAUAUGCGUGGCGAAUAUUGAUCUUUACUCAGAGACUUCCAACCUCUAUUAUAUAUAUAUUUUUGGCCAACUGAGUGCAGAGACCUGAGGGAAAAAUAAAUAAAGAAGGCGCACUGCUGCGUUGUAGCCAUUAAAAAAAAAAAUAAGACCGCUUUUUUUUUUGGUGCUGGUAGAACUGUACGUUUGUAAAUACUAAAUCUGCAUUUGUGCAGGCAAAAAAGUGAAUUAUAAUAGAUAUUGCAUUCACAUUACACAAGCAGUGGGGGUUUCUUUCAUAUUUGAUUAAUGGCUUUUAUAUAAAAGUGUGCACUUGUGACUUUUUAUACAAACCUGUGUUGUUUUAUAUAGAGAAUGCUUAUUUUAUGUAAAAAAUAAAGAUGCUAUUUAUUCAGAAAUGGUUGUGUUACUGAUUCACUGUAUAUUUGAAACUAUUCCGUUAGAAAUAUAGC